AUGGCUGAAGUGCAGGGUCCUGGGCUGGCCGACCUUGAGAAAGAGCUGGGCUGCUCGAUCUGUACCGAGCUUCUCUACCAGCCCCUCACUCUCCUGGACUGCUUACAUACCUUUUGCGGAUCCUGUCUCAAGGAGUGGUUUACCGCGCAAGGCGGCCGCCGUCGACCAUCCGGCACGUCUCCCCGAUUCACCUGUCCGUCAUGUCGUGCUGAGGUGCGCGGUACUCGUCCAAAUGCCACUGUUACAACGUUACUGGAUAUGGUGCUGUUAGCGCACCCCGACCGCGCCAGAUCCACCGAAGAGAAGGAAGAAAUUGCCCGCCGAUAUACGCCCGGAGCCUCUGUUUUUCCCCCGCCGCAGGAAGAGAACGAGAGUGAGGAUGAUGAGGAGGAUAGGAGAGUGCUCCAGGAAGUGCAAGAGCUGAGCCUUCGGGAGAACCGUGCACAGGCAAGGCGAGAAGCCCGCCGGACUGGUCAUUCAGAGAGGACACGCGAGAGAAGCAGCAACCCUGAGACACAUACAGACGACGGUCGGUCUCGUCGACGCCGAGAACAUGACCCGGAACGCCAGCAGCGCUCGAGUCGACCGCUUGGCGAGGUAGAGCGUUCCAGGCGUGUCGAGCACCAAUCAAGUAUACGAUCACUACUCAGCCUUUCAUCAGAGACGGAGACUAUGGAAGAAGAAAUUCUUCGACAAAUCAUUGAAGAUGGGCUGCUGGAUGACAUUGAUUUAGACAAUCUGGGUCCUUCACAGGAGGAGGAACUUAGCGAACGUAUUGCGGACGCUUAUCGCCGGAGGCAUAUGCAUCAACCUCGCACUCGUCAACCGCAACGGCGCAGGCAGUCACCCGAAAAUGCCGGUCGAACGCAUUCACGAUCCCAGUCAGUGCAGCGGACUGACGAGACAAGUACAGUAACCAGAGAUUCUAGUGAUAGACGACCCCCAACCUCAAGACCUCACUUAUUUGAUCCAAUGCCCCAAGAUCAUCAAAGACGAAAUUCUGAGCAAGCCAGCAAUCGAAUGCGUACAUCUCCGACUCGAGUAAAUCAAGCAUCUCAUUCAAAUGAAGCUUUGCGGCCUGCCGUCCGAUCUUCUAGUGAUAUGACAGCGGAACGCACUCACAGCUCUCAAAACGGCAGGACGCGAGCACAAUCGUCCUCGGCACGCGCUAGGCGAGCAACUGAAUCCGAUCAGAAUAUCUCCAAUGCAUGGAUGGGAGGGCCCUGGAGAGAAAGGGGUUCAUCCCGUCAAAAUGUCACCAGUCAAACUAUGAUCAACACGCCAACCUCUACUACUUCAUCUACCACGAGUCCUCCCCAAGGCGCGACAUCAACAGGCCACACGGCAGCAGCAUCAUCUUCACCCCUGGUUCCCCCCAGGUCCGAAAGGCGGCCUAGGUCAUCGAGAUCAAAUGCCACGGCCCCUUCAAACGUCCCAUAUGUCGAACCCGCAAUUUCCUGUGAUAGCUGCGGCAAAACUAAUAUCCAAUACAAUUUGCAUAAGAAAUGUCUCCAAUGCAAGGGCGGUAAUUACCACCUAUGUCUCCGAUGCUAUCGUGAAGGCCUCGGCUGUCUUCAGUGGAGUGGGUUUGAAAGAUCUGCCCAAGUCGCAUAUGAGCAGAUGCUUGCAUCCUCGAACCAGCGAUCCCCACAGAUACUUGAUCCAGGACAUAAGCUUGUCUCUUUGAAGUACCAGCGACCUCCAGAAACCGCGCAAAUUGUCACGAAUCGCGAGAAACAGAUGACAGAUGACGACCCCACACGCCGUCUAGAAACCGGGCUCUUUUGUGAUAUAUGCGAGUCAUCAACAAACGAAUGCUUCUGGAAGUGCAACCGGUGCAACAUGGGAGAUUGGGGCUUCUGCAACAAAUGUGUCAACCAAGGGCGAUGCUGCACCCACGCCCUUCUGCCUAUUCGGCGUAUUUCAGGAAGUCCCAUUCCAUCCACGGCAACAACCGCAACCGAUACAACCAGUGAUCGGCCUCCCCGGAUGGACAGCGACGAAAGCUACAAGAUUCUCUCUUUCACUACCAAUUGCGACAUUUGCACAUAUCCCAUCCCUGCAUCCGCGACGCGCUUUCACUGUCUAGAAUGCAACGACGGCAAUUACGAUGUUUGCAAAAACUGCUAUCUGAAGCUUGUGGCCACCUCCAAGAUUAGCAAGGAGAACGGCUAUAAUGGUUGGCGUCUCUGUCUAGCUGGCCACAGAAUGAUCAUUGUCGAAUUUGAAGACCACCAAGAUGGCCAGCGACGCGUGAUAAAGCGAGAUAGAGUUGGCGGGAUUGUCGGCCGCUCACCCUCCUCGCUUUCUUCCAGCAGCGCCGGGAUCGCUUCUCCUAGACUGGGUAACGGGGACUGGAGCUGGAAAGAUGGCCAAGAACGCCGCAAGAAGGCUUCUCGUUUUCGAGCUAGCACGGGAUCUCCGAGCAACAGCGCCCAAAACAGCCCGUCCUCAGAAGCUAGUCAGGCCACCGGCACGCCCUCGUCCCCGCAUGGGCCGCCAGUUCCCCGUUAUACCCCCGAUGGUGGUGUUGGACUGGUUGUUCAAGCGCAAUGGUCGUUCUACCCGCAGGACGGGGCCACCGAUGAACUGUUCUUCCCACGUGGCGCUGACAUCAACGAGGUUGAGAUCGUCAACGAUGAAUGGUUCUGGGGUAGUUAUGCUGGUCGUACGGGGCUAUUUCCCGGAAAACGUGUUGUUGUUCUGGAGGAAAUUCCCUAA